GUCUGUCAUUCACAGCGGGGUUCUUCACAGCAUACGCAGUGUUAAUGCUGGUGGUGGCGUUGCCCCUCUGUGUUCUCGAGCAAAUUCUAGCACAGUUUUCCUCCCUCGGCGUCAUCACCAUCUUCCGGUGCCUCCCUCUCCUCACAGGUGUAGGCGUGGGAAUGGUGGCGUGGUGCGUGGUAAUGAUGUUGUACAGUAGCACGGUGUUAACAUGGGCUGUGCACUACACUUUCGACUGCUUGAGUCAGAAGGUACCUUGGGCCACAUGUCCCCCAGGACACCCCGAGUGCCUCUCCAACAUCCUUGACCCAUCUCUCAACAGCACGGGACUCUACAUACCCAGUGACUACUACUUCUUGUACGUGGUGCUGGCCAGUCAGAAGUUCCCCCCAAAAUUCGUAGAAGCUAUCGUUAUUAGCUAUCGCAGGGCAAACUGACAAUCCUUACGAGAAUUCUUCUCCGACUUUCCUUGGGAUGAAU